AUGGAUGUAGCUCUCAAUACAGUCCAUAUUGACCAAAGUGUUUUGAAGUCGAUGAGCAGUGAGAAAAUGAAGGAGUUUACUUCAGCCGAAGCAAGUUCAACCAAAAAGUACGAGAUUGAUGUUUCUCCAAUACCAGAGGAAUUUCCUGAUAUGGGGACCAAAGCUGCAGAUAUUUACCCGUUGCCUUUGUCGCAUGAAAACCAGUGUACAACUCUUGGCGUGGCAAAUAACCUUGAAUUGUUUCAAGAGGAAUUUGAUUUUAAAAGCAACAAGAAUGUGAAGUAUUUACCGCUGAAGAGCUCUGGAAAAGAGUUCGAUUUGGAGCAGGCUUAUAAACGGUUUGCAUUUUUGCGGAAACUGGACAGGCAUAAAGAACAACAGGAAAAGUACGAGAAUACAUUGCGUAGUUGUACGUCAUCUGAACAGUCUGACCACGUUGAAGAAGCUUUUGUAGUUGUUGAGAGUGAAAGCGAAGACAGUGAUGAUGAAUAA